AUGAGAGAUACAAUAAAUUAUGAGUCUCAAAAUGGACAUCUGCUAGCAGAUGAUGACGCGAGUGAGAGCAGUAGAUGCAAACAGCCAAAAUUAUACCAGAAGAUUCAGGUUUUAGAUUAUCACCGAUACCAGUCAGAUUUAAACAGUAAACAUACUCAAGCUGACACCGUGAGCUACUAUAAGAAGCGGAAUGAAUUUACAAUUUCUCGAUCAGCGUUUAGCCGUUGGGUUUUAGGUGAAAAAAAGCUCAGAGAGGAUUAUCAGAACCUUGGGAUAAGAAACGUAUCCAGACUACGACAGGUACUGAAUGAUGUCAGAGGGAAGUAUGAAGAGUUCGCUAGAGACAAUGAUGCAAUUUUUCGAUGCUUAAAGGAGCAUUUUUCUCAAACUCUACUUGUGCAACCUCAGCAAAAGAUCUCGGUAAAUGACGUGGUAGAAAUGUUUGCAGCAUUUGCUAAGAAGUUCAUCGAGGAUCGUGGAAGAGGGCCACAAGUUGUCGCCAACUGUAGUAGUAAUAUCCAUGGAUCUGGUGAUGAUGGCUUUGCCAUUCUGUUUUUGAAAUCUAUUGAUCCACAUAUGUGUGGUCUUCGAGAAAGCCUUGAUGAGUGGAAGAGAAUUAGUAAUGUGAGAGGUUCUCUUAUUGGUGAGAAGGAGCGCAUCAUGAGAGAAUUAAAUUUCUCUCUGUUCAAUAAUGUGUAUAUUUUCCAGGAACUAAUCAUUGAUUUGGAUAAUUUGUUCGAUUUGAUCGAUAUUGAAGACAAGGAGGUUCAAGAGGACUAUGAGCUCAAAAAUGCCGAGCAAGAUAUAUUGACGGGUGAUUUGAGGACUCACAGGACUGUCUCUUUUAGCUUAUGUGGCAAUUUGAAUGGUUCUGAUUUCUUAUCUCCUAUGAUAAUUUCAAACUUGGAAUCUAUAAGCUCCAUUGAAAGAGGGACAAACAUUUCUUUAUGUUAUCAUCCUGAAGGAAUUAUGUCGAGAGCUAUUUUUCAAAAUUAUAUGGAGCAACUAAACGUUAGAUUUCUCUCCGACGACAAGCAUGUUAAAAUCAUACUAGACAAUUACCGGCCUCAUUUAGGGUGUUUACAAACUUACUCCAACAUUGAAUUUAUAUUAAUAAAUCCCAAUUUCGACAAGACUGUUUCAUCGUUUAAUCAUACAUCGCUUACAAUGCCAUAUGAACCAGGACUAGAAAGAUUAAUAAAGCUGCAAUUGAAACUUCAUCUUUUCAAAUUUUUCCACAAACAUAAAGCUUUAUUUAGUGAUAGAAAGGAGCUAUUUGAUUCCAUUGGUUGGAAUAGUUUGCAGAAUAUGAAGUAUCACUAUGAAAAUAUAGUCAAGAAAUUGAUCAGUGAUAAAAAGUAUAAUUACUUUUACUAUUUGAACAUUCUUGCUUCAAGAUUAUUUAAUGUAACGGCUGAUAAUUUGAAUAUUCCGUUAGAAGAUAAAGCAAAGUUUAAUAUGGUCAAAGGAUUGAAAUUUUCAACAUUCAUAACUGAAAAAAUACCAGCUGAAUACAAGAAUGCGAUCAAAUUUAAUGACAAAAUGAGCCAAUUAUCAAUGGCGGAGGAAGAUCUGUCUUUGAAAGCUUUUGUUGCAGAGAUAAGUAUGCAAUCAUAUAAGAAUAAUAGAAGUAACCUUGCUGCUGUAAAAAAGUGUUUUCUCGAUGAGCUUUUCAAGGGUAGAAAUGAGACUAAGCUCAACAAGCAAUAUUCAAUAGACGGAAUAUACGAAUUAGUGAGACAUGAAAUCAAUAAUUUAGUCAAACUGCCAAAAAAGGAGUAUCCAUCCGACUAUGAAGUUGAUCAAAUGCUUCUAAAGGUGCAGCCAUAUAUAAUCAAUUAUAACGAAGCAGUACUCGGGUCGAAUCCGCGAAAAAGGAUAAGCGGCAAUACGCUAGCUCUAUUUAACAAAUUCUACGACUCUUAUAUCAAAGAUACAGCACUUGUCCAUUCAGAAAAUGCUACAUUUGAAUAUGCUACUGAAAAUCCACAAUUCGUCAAACCUAAGGUUGCGCUGAUCAAUCUUUCAAGCGCAUCAAAAGAUUCGAUGAACACGAGCAAAGCUAAAAAAAGACGGCUUAUUGCCACUUAUAAGAGUAGUUUUUCUGAUGACGAGACAGACACAUCUCUUGGUGAAGCUUUAACUAGCUGA